GGAGUCAGGAGAGAUGUGAGCCUCGUACCAGGAAGACCAUACUGAGGCCACCAGGUUGAGAGCCGCCUGGCUGGGGGGCUUGUCCGGGGACAGCAGGGGCAGAGGCAUGGAGGUUCACAGCCAGGAAAUAGCGCAGUGAACCUGUCCCCUCCGGUCACGUCAACAUCAAGAGCUGAACUGGGACUAGAAGUCAUCGCCCCAGAGCUUUUUGCUACCAGAACUGCCGGGUGAAAAUCUUUGGAAGAGAAGUUUGAGAACCUGUUAAACAAGCUCUCCAGGUAAUUCUGUGCACGUUCAGUCUGAGAACUGCUGCAUCUGAAGAGGUGACCCCAGUGGCUGAAAGCAGAGGAGAAAGUGUUUCAUCACGGGCCCUCUCCUUCUGAAUGCUAUUUGAACAUGGAAUUCAAUCCUUCAGAUCAUCCUCGGGCCAGCACAAUAUUCCUCAGUAAAUCUCAGACAGACGUGAGAGAAAAACGCAAGAGUCUCUUCAUUAACCAUCAUCCUCCAGGACAAAUAGCAAGGAAAUACAGUUCCUGCUCCACCAUUUUCCUAGAUGAUAGCACAGUCAGUCAACCAAACCUCAAGUAUACAAUUAAAUGUGUCGCUCUUGCAAUAUAUUAUCACAUCAAAAACAGGGACCCAGAUGGAAGGAUGCUCUUAGAUAUUUUUGAUGAAAAUCUUCACCCUCUUUCGAAAUCCGAAGUGCCACCAGAUUAUGACAAACACAACCCAGAGCAGAAGCAGAUUUACCGGUUCGUUCGGACACUGUUCAGUGCUGCUCAGCUGACGGCUGAAUGUGCCAUCGUCACCCUGGUGUACCUUGAAAGACUUUUAACAUACGCAGAGAUAGAUAUCUGUCCGGCCAACUGGAAGCGGAUUGUUUUAGGGGCGAUCCUGCUGGCCUCCAAGGUGUGGGAUGACCAGGCUGUAUGGAAUGUGGAUUACUGCCAGAUCCUGAAAGACAUUACGGUGGAGGACAUGAACGAGCUAGAGCGACAGUUUCUUGAAUUGCUGCAGUUCAACAUCAAUGUUCCUUCCAGUGUCUAUGCCAAGUAUUAUUUUGAUCUUCGUUCUCUGGCAGAAGCGAACAACCUGAGCUUUCCCUUGGAGCCCCUGAGCAGGGAGAGGGCUCACAAGCUUGAGGCCAUCUCUCGCCUCUGCGAGGACAAGUACAAGGACCUAAGAAGAUCCGCGAGGAAGCGCUCAGCCAGUGCAGACAACCUGACUCUGCCCCGGUGGUCCCCAGCCAUCAUCUCUUAACUACGGAGGCCCGCCGGAGGCCACACCAUCCCUUAGUUUCUCCUUUAGUUUGAGAAAAGACAGACUUGGGGUGGGUUUGUUUUUGUUUUUUCUUUCCUUUUCUUUUUUAACGCAUAGCUCCGUCAAGCUGCCUGGAUGAGCGCCCAUGCAGCAAGGCUUGGAGGAAGCGUCAGUGCCCUGGAGAUCCCAGCUCGCUCUCCCCACUGUCAGCAACAGCACUUCCUUCGUGGAGGAAGUGGACUCGAAUCCUGGAGGAGGAAAUAAAGGGAAAGGGAAGUCGUGGAGAGGCAGGGAAAAUGGUUAAGCGGCCCAGCCCUCUGGAGUCCCCGUGGGGGCGGUAGCUGAAGUUGGUGAGCGCAGCGGUGGAUGCAGAGCUGGCUGCACCCAGGGCUGGGCCAGUGUGUCCUGUAAGACUUCUUGCAUUCCUUCUGCUGCUUUUUUGGGAUGGGGGUAUUUUUGUUCAUUUGUUUUUGCCCUGUUUUGAUUUUGGUCCCACAGAGCAGGGGAUGUAGUUUGUACCCACCAUGGCGCAGACUUCCAAAUAAAUAGUACUGGUCAUUUCUCUCCGCACUA